GUUAUCUCUACACUUGACAAACGUCUCUUUACAAUAGUAAAACCAGAUGACAAUUUUCAUCAAUAAAGCUCUUUUACUGGACAAUUCGGAGUAUUCGAACAUUAACAAAUCAUUUGGAAGCAAAGCAUCGAAUGCGUCCAAGCAAAAUAAUAGCAGACUUGGUUUGAUGCAGUCUGUUCACGAGAGGAUAGACGCUUUCAGGCUCUGUCCUUGAAAACUAGAUAUUGGAGAAAAUGAUGAAGAAUGGUAGAGGUUUUUCAUUUCAACAACAAGCGCCUGGAGGAUUGUGACGUGUAUCAUUUUAAAAUAUAGAAAUCAUUUUAACACUUCAGAGACAAAUAUCGUAAACAAGGAAACCAGAAAUGCUUUUACUGGUAUGACAGAAGGGUUAAAUUAUUUUCAAUUACCGCAAUUUCUACAAUCAUGCAUGGUAAAAAACGACUAAAAUUGGCUUCAAAAUUUGCCGCAGAAUAGUUUUCAAUAAUAUAUAAGGCCUGGCUGAAGUUUAAAAGCAAAUUUCAAGUGAAUUUUAGACACGGACACAAGCGUCGAAGCAGUGGUGCACUCAAUAUUGCCUGUGUGCUUGACUUACUGAUGGAACUCUUUGUUACUCGCUGGUAGCAAAAGCCAAUAUGAAAUUUAACAAACUCCAGAAACAGUUUAUUUUUCUUAUAGGAUUGUUUUUGUUUUUAACGCUUGUAUUGAAUAUGAUUCCACUUUACCAUGAGGCGACGAGCAAUUUAUUGAAGUCUGCGACAAUACCGUUAGCUACAGUGAGGACUAAUCAUACGUAUUUUACUAGAAAUGUGGUAAAGAGAGAGAGGAGAGAUAUUUGGAAAGUAGUUCCAGGAGAGGACAGUAUCGUAGAUCAAGUCUCUUUCAAUCCAAAGAUUAAUUCAGAUCUUCCGCCGAUGAAAAUUCUAGUGGAGCAUGGAGUUUCAGGAUGGGGACAACAGGAAGGAAAAACAACUUUUAUAGAACAUGAUUGCAAUGUUAAAAACUGUGAACUUGUGAGUAACCCGAAUCCUAGUGAGAUAUACGAUGCAAGGAUGUUUAAAGAAAUUGACUUAAACAGCUAUUUGGUUAAAAGUAUGUUUAAAGAAACGAUGCGAACUCCGGAACAAGUUUGGAUUAUGUUCGGGCUUGAAAGUCCAGAGGCUUCUCCCAAUUAUGAAGGAUUGGACAAUGUAAUUAAUUGGACUGCGACAUACAGACACCAGUCUACCAUAGUGACCCCUUACGACAAAUGGGUGCCUUUUGAUAGUAUAUCAUCCAGUGUUGCUCAAAAGAACUCAAAGAAUUAUGCAGAAGGUAAAACUAAACUCGGGGCUAUUUUUGUUUCAAAUUGUGGUGCUUCAAACAACAGGUUGGAAUAUAUUAAAGAGCUUAAGAAAUACAUGUCGGUGGAUAUAUUUGGAUACUGUGGAGAUAUGGAAUGUAAUAAAAACCCGCAAAAUUCGUGCUUUGAAAUGCUGCGGAGGGAUUACAAAUUCUACUUUGCCUUCGAAAAUGCCAAUUGUAGAGACUAUAUUACAGAAAAGUUCUUCAUGAACGCCCUACGAAAUGAUGUUCUUCCGGUUGUGAUGGGUGCUCAUCCAGACGACUACAAGCGAGUCGCCCCUCCGGGAUCAUUCAUACAUAUAGAAAACUUCAAAGGUCCCGAGGACCUUGCAAAAUAUCUUUUGAAAGUUGCAGCAGACGAUACCGAGUAUAAUAAAUAUUUCCAAUGGAAAGAAACUGGGACGUUCAUUGACACCAAAUUCUGGUGCCGCAUUUGCUCAAUGCUUUGGGACCCGAACAGACCGAGGUUAUCAGUGUCAAACUUGAACGAGUGGUGGAGAGGGGAGGGUAUUUGCAUUGGCCCAAAAAGAUGGGAUAGUGUUGAUCUAAAGUGAUUCUAGCUUUUUGUUUAUAUACUGCUGCGACACAAUCUUUAAUAAAACUGUGUUAUCAAUAUUUUUGCUCAAAAUAUAAAUUGAUCUUAAACGGAAUAAGAGUGCUUGCUUAUCAUAGUAGUAUUUAUGACCUAUUGUGGAAUAAGAGUGCUUGCUUAUCAUAAUAGUAUUUAUGACCUAUUGUGGAAUAAGAGUGCUUGCUUAUCAUAAUAGUAUUUAUGACCUAUUGUGGAAUAAGAGUGUUUGCUUAUCUUAAUAAUAUUUAUGACCUAUUGUGGAAUAAGAGUGCUUGCUUAUCAUAAUAGUAUCAUAAUAGUAUUUAUGACAUAUUAUGCACAAAUUUCAUAUUUGAAAAUAUGAAUGAUAACUAUACAGUGUAAUAAACAUGAUUUUAACGAUUAUAAACGGUACUGUUUGUAUGUAUAGUAUUUCCAAUCUAAUUGGUUUCAUUUACUUAUCAACUCUGUUAUGUACUAUAACAUCUUUUCAUUUCCUUUUUUAAAUGUUACAGUUCUUACAAGCAUAACUUCUCCAUUAAAUACUGAGUGAUAUUUAAAAUUAUCAUGGAAAUGUUA